AUGUGGCUUGUCUGCUCCACCUGCCAACCAAAAGGAGGUUAUUGGACCAUUCUUGAAUACAGAGGUUUGAGACCAUAUAUUGGAUGGUGGAUUACCUGGAGCUGGAUCAUCUCUUAUUUCCACCGCAUCCACGGCUACGAUCCUGAUCCUGCUUACAUUGACGCGAUGCCCAGGGCUACCAGAUAUGUCCUCCAGAGGGGGAAUCAGGAAAUAGGGCCAGGUCGUGUAUACCUUGAUCGUACUUCUCACAAUGACAUCCAGUGGACGCCUUUCACUAAUUACGGUGAUGUUGUCUCAUUCAACGGCAUCGCAUUAUAUUCUGGAUGGUUGGAUUGUGGGGCCAAGACCAUGGUCAGGUAUCUACCGGGGUGCAUGAGACAAUUUGGACGUGUGCAAAUGAUACGGAGGUCUACAUUUGAGGUUGCUCCUGACAUAGUUACCUGCCGCGAUCUCACUACUAUCUUUGAGGAUUUGACUCAUUAUCUAGUCCCAGAGGAGUAUCGGCGUACGCGGACCACCCAGAGCUGA